AUGUCUGAUUCUCUUGUAAAGAAGCUUGUUCGGCUAUUGCCGCUAGACGAGGACACUUUGCGCCAAAUGGUUGACUACGCCGCAAAGGAAUUGAAGACCCCUGAACAAAUCACCUCGCAUUUCACCAAUUUGCUCGGAGAAAGUCCCGAUGCUUUGGACUUUAUCACAGACUUCAUCAAGGCGACAGGUCCCAAGGAGACAGAGAAAAAGAAAGAGUCGCCAGCAAAGCCCAAGCAAAGCAAGCCACAGCCACAGACAAAGAAAAACACCAUCAAGAUCGUGCGACAUACCUCCAAGCCGGCCAAACCGUCGUCUCCUGCUGCUGAGUCAUUCUCCAAAUCGCACAAGAACGUCAAGCUGGACAAUUUAAAGGAGCUGGACGACGCGCUGGUCGAGCUCGAGUCACAACAGGGCGGACGCGUGUGCAACUGCAACGCCACAAGACACCCCUUGUUCGAAAUGUUCCCCAACUGUCUGAACUGCGGCAAGAUCAUCUGUGUGAAGGAAGGACUGCAACCGUGCUCGUUCUGCGGGAAAGACCUGCUCACGACGGAGGAGCGUCGGCAGAUUGCCGCGGUGCUGCUCAAGGAGAAGGACGAGAUUAACGGGGUCAAGCGGCCGGUGGUGGUGGAGAAGGUUAAACCCAAGAAGAAUAAAAUUACCAUUUCGGUGAGCUCUGCUGGACAGAACAACUUCAAAGUGCAAGACCAGCUUUUCAAGCGGAUCGAGAAACGGAAGGAGCUGGAGCGCGAGACGCUCGAGAAAAACAGAAAGGAGAAAGAAGAGCUCGAGCAGGCGGUCAAGAAGAUCGAGUACAUGGAAGCCACCAAGGAUAAGGACGCCGAGCUGCUCAAGGCCGAGCAAAGACUGGACACACUGCUGAAUUUCCAGGCCAGCGGAUCGCAAAGAACGAAAAUUAUCGACCAGGCGUCCGAUUUCGAGGUCCCUGCGAAUAAUCUGAGUCCCUGGGCCACUCCUGUGGAACGAGCACUCCAGUUGAAGAAACAGCAGCAGGAAAUGAAACGUCUGGAACAGGAGGAGAAAAAACGAACAGGACGCGGCCAGAAAAUGAUAGAUAUGAGCAUCAAGGACGGGAAGGUGGUGAUGAACGAGGUGGACGUGGAGCUGGAGUCUGACGGCGAGAUCGAGAAACUGGAGAACGAGAUGAACGUGCAGGGUUUGCAACAGCUGGAAAAGAACUCCCAGAACAUCUGGGACUACGAGAACGAGGCGAAGCGGUGGAACAAGCCAAAGUAUGUGGGCCAUUUGGACGAGAACGGUGCGCCAGAAAAGGUUGUUUCUGGCGGUGUUGUGCAGUUUGGAGAGGACGCAGAGGAGAUGCUUCUUGGGCUUGGGAUCUAA